AACACUUGGGCUCCCAGACCACUCUCCCUAACUCAUGUCUAGAUUCCUGAAGCCUCUGCACAUGUAGUUCCUGGAGCUGUAUUAAAAUGACACCAUCUUCACCUUCACCUUCUACCUGGGACAACCUCUUAGAUUCUGUCUCUCUCCGCACAAUAUGGAAUUGGCUGCAAGCAACUUUUCUGGGAGAGACUAAUGUUCCUCAGCAAACGAAUUUGGGGCUAAUAGAUAAUCUUGCUCCGGCUGUGCAAAUCCUGGGGAUUUGCUUUUUAAUUUUGUUGGCAAUAGGAUUAUUUGUCUUAUGGAAACGAAUGUGUUCGGUCAAUUCAGUGUUGCUGUUUGUAAUCACACUCUACCAGCUUUACAAGAAGGGCUCAGAUUUUUUUCAAGCUUUGCUAGCCAACCCAGAUGGGAAUGGUCAGAAUCAAAACAGUAGUAAUUUCUUCCUGUCCUUGGGUCUGCAAGAGAAAAUUCUGAAAAAACUUCAGAUGGUGGAAAACAAAGUGAAGGACCUGGAAGGGAUGAUCCUUGCCCAAAAACCUGCCACGAAGAGAGAUUGCUCCUCUGAGCCCUACUGUAGCUGCUCCGACUGCCAGAGUCCCUUGCCCACAUCAGGGUUUACUUCCACAUCUGAAAUGUGAUGAACUCCAGUCUUUUCCAGAAAACACUGUUUCCCU